AUGUCCUCGGCCCCCGGGUGCGCGCUGCCGGCCUUCCCCGCUGCCGAGGAGGCCACUGCUGAGCUGGACACCCAGGCCAUGGUACGGGCCCAGAACAAGAAGAAGAAGAAAUCCGGAGGCUUCCAGUCCAUGGGCCUGAGCUACCCUGUCUUCAAGGGGAUCAUGAAGAAGGGCUACAAGGUGCCCACACCCAUCCAGAGGAAGACCAUCCCGGUGAUCCUCAACGGCAAGGACGUGGUGGCGAUGGCACGGACGGGCAGCGGGAAGACGGCCUGUUUCCUCAUCCCCAUGUUUGAGAAGCUGAAGGCCCACAGUGCCCAGACGGGGGCCCGAGCCCUUGUCCUCUCGCCCACCCGCGAGCUGGCCCUGCAGACCAUGAAGUUCACCAAGGAGUUGGGCAAGUUCACAGGCUUGAAGACAGCCCUUGUCCUGGGAGGAGACAAGAUGGAGGACCAGUUUGCUGCGCUGCACGAGAACCCCGACAUAAUCAUCGCCACCCCGGGGCGCCUGAUGCACGUGGCGGUGGAAAUGAAUCUGAAGCUGCAGAGUGUGGAGUACGUGGUGUUCGACGAGGCCGACAGGCUGUUCGAGAUGGGCUUUGCAGAGCAGCUCCAGGAGAUCAUCGCUCGGCUCCCUGAGAGCCAUCAGACGGUCCUCUUCUCGGCCACACUGCCUAAGCUGCUCGUGGAGUUUGCUCGAGCUGGGCUCACGGAGCCGAUGCUGAUCCGCCUGGAUGUGGAGUCCAAGCUCAGCGAGCAGCUCAAGCUGGCUUUCUUCCACGUACGUGGGGACAACAAACCGGCCGUGCUGCUCCACCUGCUCAGGAGCGUGGUGAAGCCCCAGGACCAGACGGUUGUCUUUGUGGCCACCAAGCACCACACAGAGUAUCUCAAGGAGUUGCUGACGGCCCAGGGCAUCCACUGCACACACAUCUACAGCUCACUGGACCAAACCGCCCGCAAGAUCAACAUCGCCAAGUUCUCCCAGGGCAAGUGCCCGGUGCUGCUGGUUACAGACGUGGCCGCCCGUGGGCUUGACAUCCCCAUGCUGGACAAUGUCAUCAACUACAGCUUCCCUGCCAAGGCUAAACUGUUCCUGCAUCGCGUUGGUCGCGUGGCCCGAGCUGGCCGGAGCGGCACUGCCUACUCACUGGUGGCUCCCGAUGAGAUGCCGUACGUCUUUGACCUGCACCUCUUCCUGGGACGCCCACUCGUCCUCGCUGGUGCUCAGGAGCUGCCCGCUGAAGCCGGUGGGGUCUUGGGCCGCGUCCCCCAGAGCCUGGUGGACGACGAGGAGUGCCUGCUGCUCACGGACCACGAGGGCUCCCUGGACCUGCGGAGCCUGCGCCGUGUCGCCGACAACGCCCACAAACAGUACGUGCGGUCCCGGCCUGGUCCCUCACCCGAGUCCAUCAAGAGGGCAAAGGACCUGGACGUGUCCCAGCUGGGCAUCCACCCACUCUUCAGUGCUCGCUUCGAAGACACCGAACUGGAGAGGCUGAAGUUCGUGGAUAGCAUUAAAACCUACAAGUCGAAGGCGACCAUCUUCGAGAUCAACGCAACGGCCCGGACAUUGGCCAGCACCGUGAUGCGGUCGAAGCGGCGCCGUGACCAUGCCCUUAUCGAGAAGUACCAGCGUGGGCAGCAGGAGAAGCGGGCAGCAACUCUCAAAGGGCAGGGGCUGUGCUCAGCCCUUGCUGCAUCCGAGGAGAAGGCAGGAGAGGAGGAAGACCUCCAGGACGUGUUCCCCACCGUGGUGGGCGGGAAGCGGAAACGGGGCGAGAAGGGAGAAGAUGGUGCUAGGAAAAAGCUGCAGCAGCCGGCACAGCGGGACGAGGAUUUCUACAUCCCCUAUCGGCCCAAGGACUUUGAGAGCGAGAGGGGGCUGAGCGUGGGCGGCGAGGGCAGUGCCUUCGAGCAGCAGGCAGCCGGAGCCGUCCUGGAUCUCAUGGGUGAUGAAAACCACAACCUCAACAAGAGCAAGCAACUGCUGAAGUGGGACCGCAAGAAGAAGCGGUUCGUGGGGCAAACGGGCCAGGAGGACAAGAAGAAAGUGCGGACAGAGAGCGGGCGCUACAUCAGCAGCUCCUACAAGAACAACCUCUAUGAAAAGUGGAAGCAGAAAUAUAAGGUUGAUGAGCGGGACGAGGAAGAGGAAGAAGAAAGAGGGGGCGAGCAGAUCAGAGGGAAGCACAAACGAGGGCACAGGAACCGGCCUCCCCCAGCCCAGGGCAAGGUGCGCUCAGAGCUGAAGAACAAGCAGCAAAUCUUGAAGCAGCGCAAAGCUGCGGCCAAGCAGCGCUUCCUGCAACGCGGUGGCCUCAAGCGCCUGAAGGCCAGGAACCGGCAGCGGGUGCAGGAGCUGCGGCAGAUGGCUUUUGGGCGCCGGGCAGGCACCACCAAGAAGGGCAAGCUCCGGAAGAGGAUGUAGGAGAUGGGGCCAUGCCUUGCACCAAAGGGAAGGGCUGGGCUUCCCCCAAGCCUGGACUUGGCAUCAGGGAAGGAGACAUUAAAUAUCUGGCUGGUUUUGGA